UGAGAGGGAGGGAUGUCGAUCUGCAGGCCGGAGGUGUCGGGUGUCAGUUCGCGGAUUGGCUCGGCUCAGUUCGGUCCUGUUUUGGUUUUGUGUUGAUGUCCUGAAUAAAACCACGUCCUGCGGCUGCUGUCGUGGAUGUCUUCUCAUUCUUCUCCUUGUCCUUCUUUCUCUCAGGUGUUCGAGUUUUAAAGUUGACAACAUGAAGACACAGAUUGGGUAUUAUGUUCUCCUCGUUCUCCUCUUCAUCCACAUCCCUGUGGCCUUCUUCUUCACUGCAGUGUCAGCUCAGUCUGACAGGAGCAGCAGCGUGGUGGUGGCAGGUUACAACGUGAGUGCCCCGGCCGGGUCGAGGGUGGUGCUACAGUGUGUGAGCGGACGCAUGGUGUGGACCAGGGACAGGGUGAAGGACAGACAGAGGGUGGUCCACUGGGAAAUGUACCGGGCCGAUCCAGAAUAUGCCAUGGAGAGGGUGGUGGACAUGUUCUCUGCAGGAGACCAGAGGAUUUACAACUCCUACAACCUGGGCAGGGUCGGCAUCAUCCCAACGGCCUUCAAGGAAGGAAACUUCUCCCUGGUCAUUAAAGACGUGACGAUGAAUGACAGAGGGCUGUACUCCUGUAACCUCCACCAUCUCUACUGUCACCUGUAUGAGACCAUCAGAGUACAACUCAACGUCACUAAAUCACGUCGUAAAGAGCGGCGUUUCUGGGAUGGACAUAAGGCCGUAUAUGUGGUUCUGCUCGGCAGCACUGUGGCGCUGCCGUGCAUAAACCGUCGUAACGUGUGGACAGACUGGAGCAAUGAGGAGGAAGAUCAGCAGGUGGUUCACUGGGACCGACAGUCACCAGGAAUCCACCAUGAUCGCGCUGAUCGGCUGGUGGACCUGUACGCGUCAGGGGAGCAGCGUAGCUACGGGCCGCUGUUCCUGCAGAGGAAGAUGAACAUCAGUAAUCAAGCCUUCGCUGAGGGAGACUUUUCACUCGCCAUAUCUGAUCUACAGCCCACAGAUCAGGGGAUGUACUCCUGCCACCUCCACCAUCACUAUUGUGGUUUACACGAGAGAAGAGAGUUCCAGGUCAAUGUGGAGCGACCAGUGAUUCAGACCACACAACCAGCCAGAGGACAGCCCACUGAGGAGAAAGACACCGUCAAGGCUGAUUCACCGCGAGUCAUCAACGUCAUCGUGCCUGAGCAGAGGCACCACUUUCUCAUGCCACUGGGAUACGUCCUCACAUCCUUCCUGCUCCUGGCAUUCAUCAUCCUCAUCAUCAUCCUCAUCACACGCAGGCGGAGAGUCAAAGAGUUUUAUCCGCAGACAUCCAUGAGAUCCAGCAGAAGUCAGAGCAGCUCGGACGAGUUUGAGAUGGACGUCACUGAAGUCAGUCUGAGCAACGAGGAGGAGGAGAGAAGGUUUGACUACAAGAACAACCUACUGAAAGAGAAGGUCCACAUGAACACUCAGCCUAAAGUCAUCGAUCUGGACAAAGAAAUGCAGAAAUUUUCUAAGUGAGAAAUAAAAAAAGGUGAAGCUGGAGUCACUGGCUGGUCCAGAGGCUGCAUUCCAAACUCCACACACUAACCCUCCUCCGUCCGUCCUGACAAAGUCGAACAUCAGUGUUGCCACAAGUCUGUGUUGUGAAGAGAAAAAGAAAAGGUUUUCACUUUGUUUGCUUUAAAGUCUGCUUUAGAGACGUGUGUAAAAAAAGAAGAGAAAUGUGUUUUCUUUCUUGUUUUUUUUUGUAGUUUAACUAAAAAAAAACAACAAACAACUGGACUGGUACUGCUGCAGAUGGCACCACAGCGCCCCCCACAGGGAGGCUUUAUCAUUAACUGUAAAAUGGAGACGAGUGCGUCAAGUUCUGUUAUUACAUUUUCAAUAGUUUUGCCUCAGAAUUUACAAAUACUUACCGAUGUUUGACUUUUGCUUUUGUUCUUUUGUUUAUUCACAUAUUCUUGACACGACAGACACCGCUGAGGUGUAAAAAUCAGUGUGAACCGCUCUGAUUAACCGUUUACUAACUGAUCAAAGCAACUGUGUUUUAUUUUCAUACUAACCAAAGCGCUGAAUGAUUUGGGUCAAAUGUCUAAUGGCAACAUUUCUGACAUAAAGUAUGAUCUAGAUUGUGUGUUAUUCUUUUUUAAAAAGGUCCAGUGAGUUUAAUCUGGCAGAACAUGAAUAUAAAAUAAGUAUAUUUAAUUUCUUUUACGACUGUACAACAAGGCUGCAACUAAGGAUUAUUUUCUCCAUUAAUCGAGAAGUCGUCUGGUCCUUAAAAUGUCUUGUUUUUUUCAAACCUGGAAAUGAUGAAAUGAUUAAGUGUUAAUGACGUCUUUGUGAAUAUUCACAUUUAGGAAGAUUUGUUUGAAAAAUAAUCAAAAAUGUUUCAGCCCUACUGUACAACCACCUGAUUGUGUGAGUUGCUGUUUGUCAUGACACCAAAAAGAAAACUACUGCAUUAAACUAUCCACUAACUGGCCACUUUAUUAGGUACACUUGAAUGAUAGAUGGAUGGAUUAAUAAUGUUGAUAUUUUUGUCCUUAAGGUUUCUUUUCCUACUGUACGUCUCAAAAACACAUCAUUCCUGACAGGGCAAAACAAAAUGUUCACACACUUGAUAUUGAAACACCAUUUCCUGGUGUUCAGGCUGGUGCAGAAUAAAUGAAUGGUUUUAUAGGUGGUUUUCCAGGCCAGUGGAACCUUGUGACAGCAGUAGGUGGAGAGAGUGUUUGAGGAGGUGAGAAGGGUCUUCUGUGAUUUGACUGAUUAUAUUGUAGAAGUAUAAUCUGAUAAGGUGGCGUUUGUUUGGUUUUGUGUUUGCUGGUGACAGAGUUCUACCAGCACGAGAAGUUUAAGAGUUACCUUUACACCAGAGUUUAAAACGUUUGUCAACACAAAUAUCUAGGCCAUGCUCAAAAUUUGGCAGCAACUAAUAUAGCAUACUUAAAAUCAGACGUUUGUACUGUACAGUUUUUGAGAAAUUGCAUUGCAAAUCAAAGUUGGGAAUUUGUUCGAUUAAAAUAUCAAUAAUGCCCUUUUAAUUUAAAAUGACUACAAAAACUGUACAUUACAAAUGUCUGAUUAAGUAUGCUAGUAGUCAUAGAUGUCCUGAACACAACACUGCCAGUCUUGUCCAGAAACAUUUGUUUUUAUAGCAAAUCAAAGUUGGAAUUUUUUCAAUAAAAAUGGAAUUGUUUUUUUUUUUACUUUGAAAUGUUUCAAAAACUCUAAUAAAAAUGUUUGAUUUUAA